AUGUCUAUUGUCACUACAUUGGGAAUGUUCAUUAUAGAUGAAAAUAGAUACUUAGAUACAGAUGAACCUCCACAAGUUAAUAUAAUAGGUGGUGCAGGAACCUAUGCUAUUAUAGGUGCAAGAAUCAUCAGUCCAUUAUCUAAGGCAAAUAAAAUUUCUGGAAUAAUAGAUAUGGGUACAGAUUUCCCAAUUGAAAUAAAAAAAGAAUUAGAUACUUGGAAAACAGGUACAAUAUUUAGAAAUAAUCCAGAUAGAUUAUCUACUCGUGGAGUAAAUAUAUAUCAUAAUGGAAUAAGAUCAUUUGAAUAUCUUACACCAAAAUUACGAAUAGAAACUGAUGAUAUUUUAAAUUAUAAUGAUUUAAAAAAUAGUAAAUCUUAUCAUUUAAUAUGUUCAAUUGAAAGAUGUAAACAGAUUAUUCAAACUUUAAAUAAAGUUAAUCCUAAUGCUAUUUAUAUUUAUGAACCAUUACCUGAUGAUUGUAUUCAAGAGAAUUUUCAAUCUUUAAAAGAAUUAUUACCUUUGAUUCAUAUUUUCACUCCAAAUUUAGAUGAAGCUAAAGAAUUAUUAGGUGUUGAUACUAAUGAUUUAAAGAAAAUAUCUCAAAAUUUUACCGAUUUUUUAAAAAUCCCAAAUUCAGGUACUGUAUUAAGAUGUGGAGCUAAAGGGUGUUUUAUAAAUACUAUAAACGGUGAAAUUAUUGAAUUACCUGCAUAUCAUCAGAAUCAAGAAAAUGUGAUUGAUGUAACUGGAGGAGGAAAUUCUUUUUGUGGUGGGUUUAUAAUGGGAUUCUGUUUAAGUAAUGGAAAUUGGUUGCAAGCUGGUGUUGCUGGAAAUAUAAGUAGUGGAUGUAUUAUAGAAAAAUUAGGAAUGCCUGUUGUUGAUGGUGAUUUAUUCAAUGGGAAAACACUACAAGAAAGAGUUAAAACUUAUCAAUUACAGAAUCCUACAUUGCACAUAGAUUUAGAUUGGUCAUAA